CCCGCCAAAGACCAGGACGUCCAGAGCGCGGCCAGCGCGGCGCGGGAGCUGGUGGUGCAGAGGCUGCUCCUGGUGGGCAAGGCCUGCGAGAACGAGGAGCAGCAGCUGCUGGAGAGGGUGCACGCCGAGGAGGAGAGGGCACACCAGAGCAUCCUCACCCAGCAGGUGCACUGGACAGAGGCUCUGCACAAGCUGGGUGCCCUCCGCACCUACCUGGUGGACAUGAUCACCAGCCUGGAUGACCAGGGCCUGCUGCGUGCAGAACAAGAGAUCUUCGAGAGGACGGAGGUGGCAGAGGGAAUCUUGGAGCCCCAGGAGUCCCUGAAGUUAAACUUUAAUCAGAGCUGUGUUCAGAGUCCACUGCUGCAUCGACUGUGGGCCUGUGCUGUGCUCUGCUGCCUCACAGACUCACAGGAGAUUCACAUCGAUGAGAAAACCCUGAGCCCCCACCUCAGCCUGUCAGAAGACAAGAGAACCCUGACCUUCAGCCCCAAGAAAGCAAAGCUGGACUCGGGCUGCCCCGAGCGGUUUGACCACUGGCCCAACGCUUUGGCCACUGCCCCUUUCCACUCGGGGGUGUGUGCCUGGAAGGUCAGAGUGGAGCAGAGCUGUGCCUACAAGCUGGGGGUGUGCUACAGCUCCGUGCCCAGGAAGGGCUCUGCCAACGAAGGCCGCCUGGGCUUCAACGCCGCCUCCUGGGUGUUCUCGCGCUACGACAAAGAAUUCCGGUUCCUGCACGCGGGGCAGCCCCAGCCCGUGGAGCUGAUCAAGGCCCCCACAGAGAUCGGGGUCCUGCUGGACUUUGCAGGGGGGGAGCUGCUCUUCUACGACCCCGACUCCUGCGCCAUCCUCUUCUCCCACCGGCAGCCCUUCCUGGAGCCCGUGUUCCCUGUCUUUGCCGUGGCACACCAGAGUGUGUGA